AUGGAAGACUUUAAUUCCGAUCUCGUGUUGCACAUGGUGCAAUUUCUGAACGCGAUGGAUUCUGGAAGACUGGCAGCAUCGGCUAAGCGGUAUUACUACUUGGUUCAUCAAUAUCGCAGUCUCAGUGGUCCACAAUUGGUCACUUCAUCGAGUUGGGAUCCUUCCACGAAGGAACAAAUUGGAUCCAAAGAAGUGGUACAACAAGGAAUCGAAGGCUUGCAAAAGGAACCGAAUUUAAUUUUGGCUUUCAAUUCUCCCCGAAGCGCGCUGGGUGAUGAACUGCCACGACGAUUUCACUGCUCUCCUGAUACUACAAUCCUUGGUGCGAUUGCAGGAGACAUUCAAGUCAAUCAAUCGAGCAACGUAGAGCACAAAAGUAAUGCUAGUGCCAUGUUUGCUAGCUUUCCAAAUGCUGAAGUGGUCCCAUUUGCAAUCAAUCACGGUUCGCAAAUGGAAGAAGAUAUCCAAUCAAUGAAACAGAAAAUCCAACAACAGACGGAUGAAAGAUGGUGGAAGGCAAUGAUUGUCUACGCCUGUGGCCAUGGCAGUUCUUUCGCUGAAUAUUUUGUUUCUACCAUGCAGCAAAGCCUACCGAAUGCAGCCAUUGUGGGUGGAAUCUGUGCUUCCGGUUAUGUCUCCAAAUCCACUGGAUCGAAGACCAAAGAUGAACUGUCCAAAAUGACUACGAGGCAAUUGAAGAACUUGAAUCGAUCUUUAGGCGGCGAUGUCAACCAACCUUUUGUGGAAAAGUCUGAGCUAGUAGAUCAUGUCUAUCAACUGUGCCAAACACAACAACAAAGCAGCCAAGCACCAUCUCUCACCUAUUGUGAGGAUACUGUAUUUGGAGUCCUAUUGGGAGGUGACGCUCCUGUGAAAUCCAUGGUGUCUCGAGGCGUAGAAAGUGUCUUACAAGGCCCAGCACAGCCAACUUCACCCUUUGUCGUGGAGACUGUGGAGUUAGCAAGGCCAGGUGAUGACGCCUACUUGUUUCGGGGGGAUGAUCUGAAACCCAUGCACAUGAUUCAUCGGAUUCGUAAUACAGAGAUUGGACAAGUGCUCACGGCUGCUGAAAUGAUUAACCAAGUGGCCCAGACAGCUGACUUCAUCGGAUUGAAGCGGCCAGGCAGCGACGGUUUUGAAUUACAUAUAAUGACGCCAUAUUGUCAAAUGGCCCAACAGUUUCUCAUAAUGACCAAUGGGUCUCAAGAAGAUAUUAAAACAAUGCAGGAUGCGGAAAUUGAUUUUUUCAAACUCACUGGCGAAGCGUGCUUGGCUGAUAUGGAUAUUACAGUAUCUAAAUUGAAAGAGCAGACCACUGGAGAAAGAAUAUUGGGUGCGGUCAUGUACAGUUGUAAUGGAAGGGGUCCGCAACGAGGGGGUUUGAUUGCCGAGGCAAUGGCGGAUGCGACGCGCUUCUCAAACAUUUUCCCAAAUGUACCCUGUUUAGGAUUUUAUGCGGGAGGAGAGAUUGGACCUUUGGCAUUAGCGGGAAAUGAAAAGGUGUUUCAGACGGGACGAGUUGCGGUACAAGGCUUUACCGCUGUAUUUGCCCUUUUCAUUGUGCCUGAUGUGGAACCACCCGAAAGCUACCAUUUAGACGACAGUGAUGUCAAUGUCUGGCAGUUUGUACAAAGCCACUUAGACAAAUCUUCCACUUCGUAUGAUUGA